AUGCCAUUUUUUACACUACUUAUGGUCGAUCCUGAUGCGCCUCGGCGAGGCAAUGAAAUAGCUGGUCCAUGGUUACAUUGGAUUAAAGCUUCGUUCAAAGGAGACAAUGUUGAUAGUGGCACAACUCUUGCUGAUUAUCAAGGUCCAACACCACCGGAUGGCACUGGUCCACAUCAUAUUCUUGGAAUUGGUGGUACACCUUAUUUAAUCUCUACAAUUGUCAAUAGAAUAGUACCAAUUCCAUGGCCAUUAUAUUCAAUAUCAUUUUUAUCUAUUGCAUGUAGUUCUGCUAUUGGAUCAAUAGCAAUUUUACUGACAAAUGAACAAUCUAAAUCAAUCUUUUGUGCUAAACUUCGUCGCCGUCAAUUACUCAUAACAAAAGAACCUAUGAAUAAAAAAUUAAUUAGAAUCAAUCAAAUUGCAGUUUAUCAUAAUAAAACAGAACGAAUUAAAAUAUUAUCAACAAUCAAAUAA